AUGAUGAAGGAGGAAGAAUCAAAAGCACUGAUGAAGGCGGUGUUGUGGGUCAGCGACCGGCGCAACUACGUGUGCCCGCUAAAAACCAUUCACUGGUACUUGGUUGAUCCUUCGGUAUUCAUACUGCUGAUCAGAGGAAACUGCUAUGUGACGCCGGUGACCAGUGCGCUUCAGUUGCUGCCCACAUCGAUCAAGGUCGACGCUCAGUCGACGUCAUGGCGCGAUCUCUAUAAUCAGUGCCUGUCGACCCUAGGUUCCAAAGAGGUUGAUCGUUUCUUGGACAAGUUACGAUGUGUCCAUGUAACCGGUGCGAGGGCAGACCAAAACGUAUUAGCUACUUUUUGCAAGCGCAGUUUGUGUGCGUUUGAGUUCUACGACACCGUACUCUCAGAUGACGAUCAAACACUGGUCGUGGAUCUGUUGAGCAACGGUAACGUUAAAGCUUUAGGGUUCGGGGUGAUGGCCGGUGAUCUGCUGAAUAGGUUCUGCCAAGCAGGCCGUUUGAACGUGCGGGUGAUGCGCUUCGCCGGACCGCAGCCUCUGAAGGUGUCGAUCCUGAACUCGCUGAAGGUCGAAAUGCCGUGCGUCGAGCUGCUCUCCUUGCAGGAGCUGACGUUCGACGAACGACCAAUGUCACGCGUGUUUUUCCGUGGCAUCGGUAGAUUCUUCAAGAAUCUGAAGUGUCUGCUGUUGGACUGGACCGUAGUGUCGCCAGCAGUCGAGUAUUCGGAGUCGACGAAGCAGAUUUUGGCUGGUCUGAAGGACGUCUACGUGGACAAGAAGCUGCAAGCGCUGGUGGUGCUCAUCUACUGCCCGGACGACGCGUUGCACCAAGCUGCUGCCCAGAUCACUGCCUUCUUCUCAUCCGACAAGUCCUUGAAGUACGUGCGCCACUUCGACUUCGCCACCAGCACUGCUGCCCCCGCUAACGACAACUUCCGUCUCAUUAUAAUUGGCAGUCCCCUGUCGCACUUUUCUGAGCGCCUGAAGAAGGUGAUCGUCGAUGACCGCUGCACCCAACCCGAUUUGCGACACCUGUGUUACGUCGUCGACCAGGACCCGUACCUGGAUCCCGAUCUGAGUCUGGCGUUCGGCGGCUUCGACGAGGCAGAAGUGCGUGCCAAAAUCGCCAAUCCGUCAUUCAUGCUGCCACCUGUCGACAUUCAGUGA